AUGCCAGAAACGCGAGACCCAUUCCCUUUUCCCAGAUAUGAAAAUGAUGAUGAUUUCAGAGGUCAGAAAAAGGACACGCAGGUUCCUCAGUAUCUCAAACCAACUCAUUUAGCACAACAGCAAGAUCCAUGGAAUCGACUCAGUGCAGCAGUGACCGUGGCAAGUGCAAACAAAGGAAUUUUUCUCUAUAAUCCCAAGGCACCGAAAGACAGUCUGGAUCUCCAUCUUAGUUCUGUUUAUAAUCAUUCAGGGGAUUUUUUGAAACAUAAGAAUGAGGUACUUCUGCAAAAAAUAACCUGUGAUCCUCAGAGGGGGUGUUGGCUUGGCAUGGAUGACCAACUUCCAGAAGAUAUUUUUCGUCGGAAAAUGGCAAAGGAUUCAGUGCAGAAAGAUAUUUGUGGCUGCGCACCUGAGGAGCCAGACACCAGAGCUAACUAUUUAUGUGAAAGACCUCCACCGAAACAAUGGAUGUCACCAGAAAAAUUACCCAUUCAUAGCAUUCGUGGAACAAUAAGAAGCCAACACACAGCUGCUACCAACCGAGGAUAUUCUAGAAAAUUUGAUGGUGGCUUCUAUAUGAACUAA